AGCUCCAUUGCGGAGGUUGUUGGGCCUGCGCCAUAUUGGGCAGCCCGAGCACAGGAGUAGAACACACAGCGCGUCUCUAUCGCAAACAUCAAUCGGAGCAGGUCGGACACAGGGUACAGUGAGACGGUGAGUGCGGCCAUUGGCUGCCAUGAGUUGGCGUAAAUGACGCAGGCAGUGCAGAUUAACGGUGCCCAGCCACUGAGCAAGACAUGGGAGCUCAGUCUGUACGAGCUGCAGAGGACACCACAGGAAGCAAUAACUGAUGGGCUGGAAAUUGUGGUGUCCCCUCGAAGUCUGCACAGUGAACUGAUGUGUCCCAUUUGCCUGGACAUGCUGAAGAACACAAUGACAACAAAGGAAUGUUUGCAUCGAUUUUGUGCUGACUGCAUCAUAACAGCCCUCAGAAGUGGAAACAAAGAGUGCCCUACUUGUAGGAAGAAACUAGUUUCCAAAAGAUCACUACGGCCAGAUCCGAACUUUGACGCUCUGAUAAGCAAAAUCUAUCCAAGUCGGGAUGAGUAUGAAGCUCACCAGGAGAGAGUAUUAGCCAGGAUUAAUAAGCAUAACAACCAGCAGGCUCUUAGUCACAGUAUUGAGGAAGGAUUGAAGAUACAAGCCCUGAACAGGUUACCAAGAGGUAAGAAGCCACAGGUAGAAAACGGAAGUGGAGCCGAAGACAAUGCGGACAGUUCCCACUGCAGUAACGCUUCUGUCCAUAGUAACCAGGAAGCAGGGCCCAGUAACAAGAGGACCAAAACUUCAGAUGAUUCAGGGCUAGAGCUGGACACAAACAAUGAGACUGUAUCCAUGGAUUCUGUUUUGGAAGGAGGCAGUGAGAUUGAGUUGGUCUUUAGACCUCACCCAACACUGAUGGAAAAAGAUGACAGUGCACAGACUCGAUUCAUAAAGACUUCAGGCAAUGCCACAGUGGAUCACUUAUCAAAAUAUUUAGCUGUGAGGUUGGCCUUAGAAGAAUUUCGAAGCAAAGGAGAGAACAAUGAGAUGAGCCUCAAUGCUGCGAGUGAGAAACAGUACACUAUAUACAUUGCUACAGCAAACGGACAAUUCACUGUGCUGAAUGGUUCAUUUUCCUUGGAACUAGUCAGUGAGAAAUACUGGAAGGUAAACAAACCAAUGGAAUUAUACUACGCACCCACCAAGGAGCACAAAUAAUGAGUUGGACCUUCCUUUUUAUAAGCAGAUUUGUUAUAUUCAGAACUCACUUGCAAACAACGCACUUUUUAAAACCAUGUAUAACCGGUUCGACACUUGGAUAUUACAAUUUUUACCACCAUGUACAAACUCUUUUUUGCAGUUUUUCAUUAAACAGUGCUUAAAGGUAAGUUUUUAGCAGCAACAAAUCACAGGUGUAUCAAAUUUGUAAUAUCUGCGUGGUUUGAUGGGGGAGUGAUGAAGUGGCAAGCUGACCCACCCAACUCUCUAAGGUGACUGCACAACUGGAGAAAUCUCAGCUCUCAAUCUCAGUUUACACCCCCACCUCAGGUGUAGCAGUAGUUAUCAAACAUUGAGUAACUGAGAGAAAGCCAAAGAGGCAGUGCUAGCUGCUGCAAAAGUGUUUAAUCACACAACAUGUUUCGGGCUCUAGACCCUUUAUCAAGUGACACUUUCGGGCUCUAGACCGUUUAUAAAGGGCCUAGAGCCCAAACAUGUUGUGUGAUGAAACACUUUUGGAGCAGCUCGCACUGCCUCUUUGGAUUUCUCUGUUACUCAACGUUUGAUUAUUUGGAACAUAUAGUAGAAAGUAUCAGGAGCGCUCGCGGAUAUAUUAAUAGGUGAAUUUAUUGAAACUUUACAAAAUCCCCCACAUCAACAUGUUUUGGUUCUAUCCAGUAGUCACUUUGAAGUGGGGGAUUUUGUAAAAUUUCAAUAAAUUCACCUAUUCAUAUAUCCGCGAACGCUCAUUAUACUUUCUGCUUUCUCUCUUCUAAAUAUAUAUAUCUGCAGUAAAACUAUUAAUAAUACCCAUAAUAAAUGCAGUAUUGGCAGGCCCUAUGCAUUCAACCAAUUACCAGUUCUUUGGGGCAGGAUUUACCAUGUCCCAUGUAAGUCUUUCAGGGAUUUUUAACCCUUGUGAGUGCAUAGCCUUGUUAGAUCACAUUCACUAUUAUUUCAGAAAUGUUUAUGAAAGGAAUUGUGUACAAAAGAACAUUUUUAACUCAUUGCCAAUUCAGUGUUAUUGAGUUAUUUUUGAGUACUUUUAGUAAUUACAUUAUAUACUCCUACUAGUUGUAAAAUUAUAAACGGAAAUAAAUCCGCUUUGGGUGAUCUGGUGGGUGACCUGGAGCCCAGGUUCUGAUGGCGAACACUGCUGUCUGUUGUUGUUAAUUCUUUGGUUCAUCUUCUUGAACACUCUCGCUUUUAAGCAAGAGUCAUUAGAAUUAACCAAGAAUAUUGAGUGUUGUUAAAUCUGGUGAAAACAGGGAGUGUAAGCUUGCUACAUUAAAAUCUGUACAGUGCAACAUGUAUUUAUACUUCAAUUUCCUGUAGGCAUGUAAAUGUUUGUGUCUUUUUCUGGUUCUAGUUGGCAGCAAAGGCAAAAUUAACUAGGUGACUUGCGUGAAUAAUCCUUAUGCUACAGGAGACUUCUUUGUUGUAAAUAAAAUAUUUUCAGUU